UUCUAAGAAAAAGGAAAUAAACAACCACAAAAAAGGAAACUUAAGCAAUUGGAAAAACCUAUAUAACAAUAACAAGACUCACUUAUUUCUUCACACGUUCACUCUAUUCUCUCUGCCUUUGAUUUGAAGAUGGAUAUCACUGCGUUUACGUCCUUUGAUCAAACCUUUACCCACCAGCCCUCACGCAAAAACAGAGUUUGCAUCAGUUUCUAUCAAAGAUUCCAGCGAUUCGCCAUUGACGAUACCGAUGGAACCCUCGUCUGCACUGGACUGGACCCGCCGUGUCAUUUUCCCUCCCGUCAAAUAAACCUGAAUCUCGUUAGCCACCAGUUAAGUCCGAGACAUCUGUUUAGGCUCAUCGACUCUCGUCUCCAUGAUCGUACCUUGUCACGUCGUAUCGCAGAAAAAAUAGCAGCCGAAGCGGUUCAAUACGUUGGGUUUCUUCAACCUUACGUCAUGUCUGUUUAUGUCGUUAAGACCCAACAGGUGGUCUCUCUUAGGGAAGAAGAAGAAGAAGAAGAGACCCAAAAGGAAGAAGAAGAGCCUACAUGUGCCAUCUGUUUGGAGGGUUUGUACAAGAACGAUGAGACGUUCGAUUUGCCAUACUGUUCGCAUCGGUUUCAUUCUACAUGUAUCGGCGAGUGGUUACAGAGUCAUGAUUCUUGCCCUCUCUGCCGUGAAAUUCUGCUCGAGGAGAAUGUUGAAACUGAUUUUGGAUUAGAGUCUUUUUUAUCUUACUAACGUUUUUUUGUUUUCGUAACUGAAAACUACUUUUGUUGCUAGACAUGUAGGGUCUAACUGGUGACCGUCUCGGGAAUAGUAGGAACAAAAAGGAAAAGAAUUGAUGGGAAUAAAAUUAUGGGAAUGAUGAGGAACGUUUAUUCCAU